GCCACUCCACCCUCUUUUUUUAUCCUUUUAUCCUUCAAAACCGAUUCCACAAAGUCAGUUCAAAGUCUGAACUUCGUCUCACUGUCAGAAGAAACCUUACACCUGCUUUCCAGAGUCAGAGAAACAUCCCAGGGCUGAUCCGUCCUGCAUGUAGCCUGAAGGUGACAAUCUUAACCUGUCAUGCUGUAUGAGGUAGUGAGCUAUUCCUCUGCUUUCCUGGGCACACCGGUUUUAAAUGUAUUUUUAAGACGUCUGUGUUUUGGUUUAGUGUUGUGUCUCAAGGUGCAACCAGAGCACAAAAGGAGACAAGAACUCUCUAAGGAGUCAUGUCGGUCGAGGCGCAAUGAGGAUUUUCCUCUGUGUAGGUAAGAACCAUAAAGCUAAAACUUUAAAACUAAAGUGGAUUGAAAAAAUAUUCCUGCAUCUGGAAAUGUUCCAUAUUUACUCACAUUUCAACCACAAAGUUCAAUGAAACGACAAACCAGUUGUUGAGCGAAUGCCAUAACAACUCUGUUUAAAGUUUGUCGCAAGCUAUGUAAGAGAUACAGCCAACAUGCAAGGACAGGUGUUCAGCAUCAUGAUGUUAUUCUUUAUAACCUACUGGGAAGAUGCUCAGAAUUGAUGGGAAAACAGAUUUAAAAUACUCAAAAAGACUCCAUACUGAUACCAAAUAUAUUUUUGGAUGGAUUCACCCACCUCUAGUUUCAGAAUAAAUGCGGCUAAAUAGAAAUGCACGUCACACUUUUCAGGUUCUUUACGAAAACAACAAAAAAGUGUAAUUUUCCUUUUUUGUGUUAGUUUAUGCAGCAACUUUUGUGGCAUUACAAAAAUGUGAAAAAGUUCAAGCUGCGUGAACACUUCUGUUAGGAACUGUGAGUGCUUCAGGCUUUUAUAUGUGUUUUUAUUCUGUUUUGGGCUUGUUAUGAUGCAUAGCAGAUUGUAAUAUGAAACUUGGUCACACAGUAAACUGCAAGGGCCUGUCAUCUGCCACUGGAGUGAAGGGUGGAGACUUGUGAGGCGUGUCGACCAAGGGGCAAAUGAAGAGCGCCGAGGAGUGAACACCUCAGAGCGCACCAGCGCGCUACCAGGUCUGGGCAUAAAAACAAGCUUGCGUGAAGAUAAAGUCAUUUCCAAUUAAAAGUGAUUUUGUGUGUACGUUUCAUUUUCAGUUGUCAAGCAUUGUGAACUUCACUUCUGACAGAUUAUCGCUGCCAAAUGGACUGCUGAGCUGAGGGAACUUCUACUUAUUUGCGCAACAGGUUCUGCCUCAUACAGAUCCGAUCCAUGUUGGAGGAAGAAGCAUGUUGUCAAGGUUUCGGUCAUUUGGCGUCCAGCAGGAGAUCAACUCAUGGGAUGUGGCGGCUGCAGAGUCAGGCUUAACUUUGGAAAGGUGCUCUCCAAGGUCUCCGUGUUCCUCACCAUGGUCCUAAUAUUCACUUAUUUCUUCUACUGUCUCACUGGACUUUGCGAUUCGGCUCCGAGGACUUUAUACAGCCAACAAGGUGCAAACGGGGGCUAUGACAACGUGGACGACCGCAGCCAGGUACUGGUGGACUUCCGGCCGCCUCCGCCUCACCACCCCGGCGCACAGCGGCAGCUCCACAAGCGGACAGCCUCUGCGGACGCGUUGCAGGUGGACGCGGAGCAGCAGCUGCAGCAGCAGUACGAGCAGGGCAGCGAGAAGGAGACAAACAGCAUCCCCGUUUCCAACACAUACGGGACUAAAAAGCUUCCAAAUGCCGUUAUCAUCGGGGUGAAGAAAGGAGGAACCCGCGCCCUGCUGGAGUUUUUGCGCAUCCAUCCGGACGUGAGGGCGUUUGGCGCAGAGCCACAUUUCUUCGACAGGUUCUAUGACAGAGGGCUGGAGUGGUACAGAAACCUGAUGCCCCGGACUCUGGACGGCCAGAUCACCAUGGAGAAGACACCGAGUUACUUUGUAACCAAGGAGGCUCCCAGUCGUCUUUGCACAAUGAACUGCCGCACCAAGCUCAUUGUUGUAGUGAGGGACCCGGUAACGCGUGCUGUGUCCGACUACACCCAGACACUCACCAAGAACCCGGGACUACCGUCCUUCCAGAGCCUUGCCUUGAAGAACUCCUCCACAGGACCGGUAGACUCCACUUGGAGCGCCGUGCGCAUUGGCCUCUACGCCAAACAUCUAGAGAACUGGCUCCAGUAUUUCCCCCUGUCUCACUUUCUGUUUGUCAGCGGUGAGCGACUCGUGUCCGACCCCGCCGGGGAAAUGGGACGGGUUCAGGACUUUCUGGGCCUGAAAAGAGUCAUUUCAGACAAACAUUUCUACUUCAACCAGACUAAAGGUUUUCCCUGCUUAAAGAAGCCAGAGGGGAGCAGCAGGCCUCGCUGCCUCGGGAAGUCAAAGGGCCGACCCCACCCCCAGAUUCCAUCCGAGGUUCUGCAAAGACUCAGGGACUUCUACAGACCGUUCAACCAGCGUUUCUAUCAGAUGAGUGGACAAGACUUUGGCUGGGACUGAUGAACGACGGUCAAGUCUGCCUUAAAAAAGCCUCUAGAUGUUUCUUUGAAAUUUUGGAAAUCUAAGAUUCUCAGGGAGGGGUAAAGGCAAAGAUCUUUUUGCCUGUAAACGCAACCUGACAUGCAGCACUCAUAAACUGCAAUAGUUUAUCUGUAGAGGUGGAGCUGAGACAGACCCAGUGCUGCUAAUAUGCAAAUAUACACAUUGAGGACUUUAAGCCACUUUCAUGUGGUUUGAAGGUUUCAUUUUCUUUUUUUUUUCUUUUUAUUUUGUUCUUUGUUUAUAAGAUGACAUCAUAUUUAUAGUUUAUGUUGAUAUGAAUAAUAUGUUUUUAUUAAAAAAAAUAAACCUUUUAUUUAUUACCAUGUACUGUUUAUUACAUGGCAAAGAAAGACAUGAAAUAGCUUACCUGACAGGACAUUGGGAAUAAUGUCAUACUACAGAAAUGUUUUGACACUUUCAUUUUUUUGUUCUGUUUUCUGUUUCACCCAAAACGAGACAAUCGGAUGAUUUGCUACACAGUGCAAAAAACUUUGUAUUAAUUGCAGUUGAAAUACAAUUUAUACCUCAAAUGUAAAUAUUCAAUUAAAUCUACACAUACAAAUGUUG